GGGCGGGGAACGUUCAGCCCGGACGCCCGCAGGCCGCGUCCCCCCCGGAGGGGGCAGGGCGCCCUGACCUCGCCGGCUGGAGGCCGUCGCCGCGCUUGCCAUUCACCGCGCCGCGUCUCCGCCCCUGUCCUGGGGGCUGAGCUGGGCAGAAGGGGCGGGCGCCCGCGAGCGGUGAAUCACCUCCUCCUCCUGCCUCCGCGCCGCCGCCACCUUUCCAUUCAGUCGCCCAACAUGGCUGGAGCGCGGCGGAGGUGAGCCGGCCGCCCCCUGUCGCCGCAGCCUCUCCCGCGCGCGAGUGCCGCGGCUCCGGCGGCGGCGCCUCAGGUCUGCGGUGCGGAGGCCCAGGGGCCCGGCCGCCGCUCGCCGCCGGCAUGUGGGGCGUCCCGGACGAGAGCUCCGUGCGGGUGGCUGUCAGAAUAAGACCACAGCUUGCCAAAGAAAGGAUUGAAGGAUGCCAUAUUUGUACAUCUGUCACACCGGGAGAACCUCAGGUCUUCCUAGGCAAAGAUAAAGCUUUCACUUUUGAUUAUGUAUUUGACAUUGAGUCCCAGCAAGAGCAGAUCUACACUCAAUGUAUAGAAAAACUAAUUGAAGGUUGUUUUGAAGGAUAUAAUGCUACAGUUUUUGCUUAUGGACAAACUGGAGCUGGAAAAACAUACACAAUGGGAACAGGAUUUGAUGUUAACAUCAUUGAGGAAGAACAGGGUAUUAUUUCUCGUGCUGUUAAACACCUUUUCAAGAGUAUUGAAGAAAAAAAACACAAUUCCAUUAAAAAUGGACUUCCUCCUCCAGAUUUUAAAGUGAAUGCCCAGUUCUUAGAGCUAUAUAAUGAAGAGGUUCUUGACUUAUUUGAUACCACUCGUGAUAUUGAUGCAAAAAACAAAAAAUCAAAUAUAAAGAUUCAUGAAGAUUCAGCAGGAGGAAUUUAUACUGUGGGCGUCACAACACGUACAGUGAAUACAGAAUCCGAGAUGAUGCAGUGUUUGAAGCUGGGUGCUUUAUCCCGGACCACUGCUAGUACCCAAAUGAAUGUUCAGAGCUCUCGUUCACAUGCCAUUUUUACCAUUCACUUGUGUCAAACCAGAAUGUGUCCCCAAAUAGAUGCUGAAAGUGCAACUGAUAAUAAAGUGAUUUCUGAAUCAUCACAGAUGAAUGAAUUUGAAACUCUGACUGCAAAGUUCCAUUUUGUUGAUCUGGCAGGAUCAGAAAGACUGAAGCGUACUGGAGCUACGGGCGAGAGGGCAAAAGAAGGCAUUUCCAUCAACUGUGGACUUUUGGCACUUGGCAAUGUAAUAAGUGCAUUGGGAGACAAGAGCAAGAGGGCCACUCAUGUUCCCUAUAGAGAUUCUAAGCUGACAAGACUACUACAGGAUUCUCUUGGGGGUAAUAGCCAAACAAUCAUGAUAGCGUGCGUCAGCCCUUCAGACAGAGAUUUUAUGGAAACUUUAAAUACCCUGAAAUAUGCCAAUCGAGCUAGAAAUAUCAAGAACAAGGUGAUGGUCAAUCAGGACAGAGCUAGUCAGCAGAUCAGUGCACUCCGUGGUGAGAUCACACGACUUCAGAUGGAGCUUAUGGAGUACAAAACAGGUAAAAGGAUAAUCGAUGAGGAGGGUGUGGAAAGCAUCAAUGACAUGUUUCAUGAGAAUGCUAUGCUACAGACUGAAAAUAACAACCUGCGUGUAAGAAUUAAAGCCAUGCAAGAGACGGUUGAUACACUGAGGACCAGAAUCACACAGCUUGUUAGUGAUCAGGCCAACCAAGUUCUUGCCAGAGCAGGUGAAGGGAAUGAGGAGAUUAGUAAUAUGAUUCACAAUUACAUUAAAGAAAUUGAAGAUCUCAGGGCAAAAUUAUUAGAAAGUGAAGCAGUGAAUGAGAACCUUCGAAAAAACCUAACAAGAGCCACAGCAAGAUCACCGUAUUUCAGUGGAUCAUCAGCUUUCUCUCCUACUAUAGUAUCCUCAGACAAAGAGACCAUUGAGAUUAUAGAUCUAGCUAAGAAGGAUUUAGAGAAGCUGAAAAGGAAAGAAAAGAAGAAGAAAAAAAGGCUACAGAAACUUGAGGAAAGCAAUCGAGAAGAAAGAAGUGUGGCUGGUAAAGAGGAUAAUAUAGACACCGACCAAGAGAAGAAAGAAGAAAAGGGUAUUUCAGAAAGAGAAAACACUGAAUUAGAAGUUGAAGAAAGUCAGGAAGUGAGUGAUCAUGAAGAUGAGGAAGAGGAAGAGGAGGAGGAAGAAGAUGACAUUGAAGGGGGUGAAAGCUCUGAUGAAUCAGAUUCUGAGUCAGAUGAAAAAGCCAAUUAUCAGGCAGACUUAGCAAACAUUACUUGUGAAAUUGCAAUCAAGCAAAAGCUGAUUGAUGAACUGGAAAACAGCCAGAAAAGACUACAGACACUGAAAAAGCAGUAUGAAGAGAAGCUGAUGAUGCUGCAACAUAAAAUUCGGGACACUCAGCUUGAAAGAGACCAGGUGCUUCAAAACUUAGGCUCAGUAGAAUCUUACUCUGAAGAAAAGGCAAAAAAAGUUAGGUCUGAAUAUGAAAAGAAACUGCAGGCCAUGAAUAAAGAACUUCAGAGACUUCAGACAGCUCAAAAAGAGCAUGCAAGGUUGCUUAAAAAUCAGUCCCAAUAUGAAAAGCAAUUGAAGAAAUUACAGCAGGAUGUGAUGGAAAUGAAAAAAACAAAGGUUCGUUUAAUGAAACAAAUGAAAGAAGAACAAGAAAAAGCCAGAUUGACAGAGUCUAGAAGAAACAGAGAGAUUGCUCAAUUGAAAAAGGAUCAACGUAAAAGAGAUCAUCAACUUAGACUUCUAGAAGCCCAAAAAAGAAACCAAGAAGUGGUUCUUCGUCGCAAAACAGAAGAGGUUACAGCCCUUCGUCGGCAAGUAAGGCCCAUGUCAGAUAAAGUGGCAGGGAAAGUUACUCGGAAGCUGAGCUCUUCUGAUGCCCCUGUUCAGGACACAGGUUCCAGUGCCAUAGAAACAGAUGCAUCAAGGGCUGGAGCCCAGCAGAAAAUGAGAAUUCCUGUGGCAAGAGUCCAGGCCUUACCAACACCUGCGACAAAUGGAACCAGAAAAAAAUAUCAAAGGAAAGGAUUGACCAGCCGAGUGUUUACUUCUAAGACAGCGCGCGUGAAGUGGCAGCUUCUGGAACGCAGGGUCACAGACAUCAUCAUGCAGAAAAUGACUAUUUCCAAUAUGGAGGCUGAUAUGAACAGGCUCCUCAAGCAACGGGAAGAACUCACAAAAAGACGAGAGAAACUUUCAAAGCGAAGGGAAAAGAUAGUCAAGGAGACUGGAGAGGGAGAUAAAAAUGUGGUUAGCAUCAAUGAGGAGAUGGAGUCAUUAACUGCUAAUAUAGAUUAUAUCAAUGACAGUAUUUCUGAUUGUCAAGCCAACAUCAUGCAGAUGGAAGAAGCAAAGGAAGAAGGAGAAACGUUGGAUGUCACUGCAGUCAUUAAUGCUUGCACGCUUACAGAAGCCCGAUACCUGCUGGAUCACUUCCUGUCAAUGGGCAUCAAUAAGGGUCUUCAGGCUGCCCAGAAAGAGGCUCAAAUUAAAGUACUUGAAGGUCGGCUUAAACAAACUGAAAUAACCAGUGCUACACAAAACCAGCUCUUAUUCCAUAUGUUGAAAGAGAAAGCAGAAUUAAAUCCUGAGCUAGAUGCUUUACUAGGCCAUGCUUUACAAGAUCUAGAUAGCGUACCAUUAGAAAAUGUAGAGGACAGCACUGAUGAGGAUGUACCUUUAAGUAGCCCAGGAUCAGAAGGAAGCUCACUGACUUCAGACCUUAUGAAGCUUUGUGGGGAAGUGAAACCUAAAAGCAAGGCCCGAAGGAGAACCACCACUCAGAUGGAAUUGCUGUAUGCAGAUAGCAGUGAACUAGCUUCAGACACUAGAACAGGAGAUGCCUCCUUGCCUGGCCCUCUUACACCUGUUGCAGAAGGGCAGGAGAUUGGAAUGAACGCAGAGACAAGUACUUCUGCUAGGGAAAAAGAGCUCCCUCCCCCAUCUGGCUUCCCUUCUAAGAUAGGCAGCAUUUCCAGACAGUCAUCUAUAUCAGACAAAAAACUACCAGAGCCUUCCCCUAUAACAAGGAGAAAGGCAUAUGAGAAAGCAGAAAAAUCAAAGGCCAAGGAACAAAAACACUCAGAUUCUGGAACCUCAGAGGCUAGUCUUUCACCUCCUUCUUCCCCACCAAGCCGGCCCCGUAAUGAACUGAAUGUUUUUAAUCGUCUUACUGUUUCUCAGGGAAACACAUCAGUUCAGCAGGAUAAGUCUGAUGAAAGUGAUUCCUCUCUGUCGGAGGUACACAGGGGCAUAAUCAACCCAUUUCCAACUUCAAAAGGAAUCAGAGCUUCUCCACUUCAGUGUAUUCACAUGGCUGAAGGGCAUACAAAAGCCGUGCUCUGUGUGGAUUCUACUGAUGACCUUCUUUUCACCGGAUCAAAAGAUCGUACUUGUAAAGUAUGGAAUCUGGUGACUGGGCAGGAGAUAAUGUCACUGGGAGGUCAUCCCAACAAUGUAGUAUCUGUAAAAUACUGUAAUUAUACAAGUUUGGUCUUCACUGUGUCAACAUCUUAUAUUAAGGUGUGGGAUAUCAGAGAUUCAGCCAAGUGUAUUCGAACGCUAACGUCUUCAGGUCAAGUUACUGUUGGAGAUGCUUGUUCUGCAAGUACCAGCCGGACAGUUGCUAUUCCUUCUGGGGAAAAUCAAAUCAAUCAAAUUGCACUAAACCCAACUGGCACCUUCCUCUAUGCAGCUUCUGGAAAUGCUGUCAGAAUGUGGGAUCUUAAAAGGUUUCAGUCCACAGGAAAGUUAACGGGACACCUAGGCCCUGUCAUGUGUCUUACUGUAGAUCAGAUUUCUAAUGGACAAGAUCUAAUCAUCACUGGCUCCAAGGAUCAUUACAUCAAAAUGUUUGAUGUAACUGAAGGGGCUCUUGGAACUGUGAGUCCUACCCACAAUUUCGAGCCCCCUCAUUAUGAUGGCAUUGAAGCAUUAACCAUACACGGGGAUAACCUAUUUAGUGGGUCCAGAGAUAAUGGAAUCAAGAAAUGGGAUUUAGCUCAAAAAGACCUUCUACAGCAAGUCCCAAAUGCACAUAAGGAUUGGGUCUGUACCCUGGGAGUGGUGCCAGGCCACCCAGUGCUGCUCAGUGGCUGCAGAGGGGGCAUUUUGAAACUCUGGAACAUAGAUACCUGUGUGCCAGUCGGCGAGAUGAGAGGUCAUGAGAGUCCUAUCAACGCCAUAUGUGUUAAUUCCACCCACAUUUUUACUGCAGCUGAUGAUCGAACUGUGAGAAUUUGGAAGACUCGAAAUUUGCAAGAUGGUCAGAUCUCUGACACAGGAGAUAUGGGGGAAGAUGUUGCCAGUAAUUAAACAUGAAUGAAGAUAGUCAUAAACUGAAUACUGUGAUAAUACUCUAUGUUCUUUAUGGAAAAUGUUGUCCUGCAUUUAUUAGACAAAAACUUGUCAAUGGGAUUAACUGGAAAAUGUAUCUGCCUCCAACUGCUGAACAUAAAUGGUAUUCUAAUAAAAUUGUGUAGUAUCCUGUGUGCUUAAUGUUAAUAUCUACCAGUGCAUAUAUAACCUAUAAUUGAUAUACUGCUUGAUUCGCACUUUUAUUGUGGCUGGAUUUUUGUGCGUAGCUAUAAAAAACAUCCUCAAAUUAUUUGAAAUACAAGAUGUCUGCUUUUGUGACAGUCAGAAAAUACCCUUGGAAUACAGUGCAAUCCACUGUUCACUCAUUCAUAUGGUCUGUUUGGAUGAUUUGCAUAUUUAAAACAUUGGGAAUGUUAGUCAAACAUUGGUUUGUCUGGUAUUUAUAUCAGUCUACAGAGGGUUCCCAAAUUUAAAAGCUCUUUUAAUGUAAUGGAAAAAAGAUAUGAGAAUAUUAUUGAUGGUGAUUUUUCAUAAAAUGGAAUUGACUUUAAUCUACUAACAAAGAAUGUUAAAUUGUGUUAGAUGUUGAUGUUUACUUAUAUUGACCAAAGUUUUGCAGCUGUGCUAUAUUCUGUGCUCAGGACUAAAAUGCUGUUAAAUUGUUUUAUUAGUACUGUGCAUACCUUCUGUGAUGGGAAACAUUUUUGAUGUCCUAACAAAUAUAUUUUGAUCUAUUUUCCUAUGGAGUUGUUUCUAUUAUCACCUUUUAGUUUCAUUUUUAUUUAAUAGUAGUAUUUCUUUCCCUUUUUAUCUAAUUUUUUAUAUGCUGCUAAAUAUAUUUUAAAUAUAUUAUGUUUGCAAACAUUGGUAGCUAUGAUGAGAACUAUAUCAUCUGCAGUGAGAAAAGCUAUGUAAGUAGGUAGAUUGUAAAGAGAGAAUGUCUUAUGUUGUAACUAUGAAUUUUUAAAUGCUGUAGAUUGGAUUUUACACAUGGAUGUAUAAUUUAUCUGCUCAGAAUAUUAAUUUGUAAAUUCUGCAAGUUUAAUUUUUAUGUGGGUGGUAUGACACUUGAAAGUAUUGUCUUGUCAUUUUUUCCCCAAAAAAUAUUUGCUUGUAAAUGAAAGCUUAGCUAGGGCUUAAAUAAACAUGUUGCUGUGAAUUGUUUUUAUUCUUUUGUUCUUUUCCUAUUAGUAUGAAAAUGGCCAUUGUUUGUAAAACUUUAUUUUAUCUGUGUGAUAUAAGGAAAGACUUUUUUUGUUAUCCAGUGCUACGUGUACAUUCCUUUUUUUUGCUCACUAGACAUGAAAUAUUCUUGAAAAUUAUAAACCAUAACCUAAUCUGGAGGAACCAAGGAAACUCACUAU